AUGAAGACCGUCUUUCUUAUACUGGGUACCCUACUGUGGGUCUCCGUACCCGGAUGGGCUUCUAUUAGUGCAGACAACACAUUCUCGGAUCGAAACAUCGGAGAGUUCCGAGAGCUCAUCAUAAACACAAAAGACGGCGCACUUUUUGCUGGUUCAGAGGGAGCAAUCUUCCGUCUUUGGGCUUAUAAUAUCAACGAUACUGGAGAGAAUGUGUUCUCAAAAAAGCAAUUAAUCCUCAGUGAAUCGGAAGAAUCAGAAUGUCGUUCGACUGCAAGUGAUGAGAGAUUAUGUCGACCAUCUACUCGCUUCUUAGCGUUUACUAACAAUAUGGACUCGAUUUAUGUGUGUAGUUCAGUUGGAAUGCGUCCAGAAAUCAGAGUAUUGGAUUCACUUUCAUUGCAAGAUCAACAAGAACCGAGAACUGAAAUUGGUAUUUGUGUUGUGGACCCAACAUUCAAUUCGACGGCUGUAGUGGUGGAUAACGGAAAUCCAGAAGAUGCCACCUCCGUCUACUCCGGAAUCCGUACCGGAAUGGGCGGUGAGAAUCAUUUGAUCUACCGGCCUCCACUCACCAAAAACGGAAAACAACUUCAUGCUUCAAUUCGAACAAUUUACUCGGAUAACAAAUGGCUGAAUGAGCCACAAUUCGUCGGAUCAUUCGAUGUUGGACAACAUGUUCUCUUCUUUUUCAGAGAGAUUGCACAUGAUAAUUCAUUCGGAGAGAGAAUUAUUCAUUCGAGAGUUGCAAGAGUUUGUAAAAAAGAUAUUGGAGGAAGGAACGUGUUGAGACAAGUAUGGACUUCGUUUGUCAAGGCGAGAUUGAAUUGUUCAGUUUCUGCAAAUUAUCCAUUCUACUUUGAUCAUAUUCAAUCUGUAAAACGAGUCGACAAACAUGGCGAAACAUUCUUCUACGCCACAUUCAGUACAUCUGAAACUGCAUUCACUUCUUCCGCAAUUUGUAUGUUCCAGUUGUCUUCAAUUAAUCAUCUUCUGGACACCGGACUCCUCAUGGAAGAAUCCGCAAAUGGGCAGUUCUCAGUGACUGCUGACGAGAUUCCAGCUCAUCGUCCAGGAACGUGUUCUUCAAACUCCCACAGUAUCUCUGACACUGAUCUUCACUUCGCCAAAACUCAUCUUCUUGUUUCUGAUUCUAUUUCUGGAGGCACUCCAAUUCUUCCACUCCGGGAUCACGUCUACACUCACAUCAUCGUUGAUCAACUUCAGAAUCAAAAUGUCAUUUUUGCAUUCGACAGUCCCCAUCGAAAAAUGUGGAAAAUCUCUCAUUGGAAAGAAGGAAAUGAAUGGAAAUCUAAUCUGAUCGAACAACAAGAUCUCAGAACUCCGGCCGGCUCCAAGAUCAACGACGUCGCUCUUUUGCCUUCUGAAUUCUUCUUCACUUCUUCAAAAGGGGGCGUGUCCCAAUUCUCUGUUGCAAGAUGUCAAGAUCUUCCAUCGUGUGCUCUAUGCUCUUUGGAUCCAUACUGUAGUUGGAAUGCAGUCAACUCGAAAUGUGCAUUGAAAACUAAAACAAACGAGAAAUCAGUCGGAUGGGUUUCCAGUUCAUGGGCUGGAAGAAUCUCUCCAGAAUGCUCUGCCGUCGAGAAACUCACUGUUAAAGAUGUUUAUUUGGGUGAUGGAAUCAAAAUGGUCGGUGCAAGAGGCGGAGUAUGGCAGAAAGAUGGGCGGGACUUGGAAUUCGGACAACGGCACGUGGCAACAGAGAAUGGAGAGUUGGUGAUAUUGGAUGUUGAUGUGGAAGAUGCAGGAACUUAUGAGUGUUUGAGAGGAAAUAUUAUUUUGAUGAGAGCAAGAGUUGUCGUUCAUGAGAACUGUGCCCGGCCAACGAGUGUCUCAGAAUAUCGUUCAUGCCAACGUGAAUGGUGUAAGAAGGCGGACGCCUACAAAGCUGCUCUGAAUAUUUGGAGUGACUCGAAUAAAAAGAACGUGCAAUGCAAAGCAAACGGCUCUAAUAUUCACUAA